CUCUGGCAGACGCCGGAGUAGCGAAGCGGCGAUUGCAGACAGUUGGGGCGACGGACAGCUGGAGAGACCUCGGGAGUGUAUGAAGCCGACUGUUAACUUCAGGCUCAGUUCGCCCGCUGCGUGUAGCUCACGAUGAGUACGUCGGAGUCGUUGGAUCGAAUGGAGCUCUGCGAGAGCCUCUUGACAUGGAUCCAGACAUUCGGAGUGGAGGCUCCAUGCAAGACGGUAGAAGACUUGACGAGUGGCGUCGUCAUGGCCCAAGCUCUACAGAAAAUAGACAUAGUGUAUUUCAGUGACGCUUGGAUCAGUAGAAUCAAGCCAGAGGUCGGGGACAACUGGAGGUUAAAGAUCAGCAAUCUAAAGAAAAUUUUGAAAGGCAUCCUGGACUACAACCAGGAGAUCUUAGGCCAGCACAUUAAUGACUUCAUACUACCAGACGUUAGCAUGAUCGGAGAACACUCUGACGCAGCAGAACUUGGGAGGAUGCUGCAACUUAUCCUGGGCUGCGCUGUCAACUGUGAACAGAAACAAGAAUACAUCCAGACCAUAAUGAUGAUGGAGGAGUCAGUGCAGCAUGUUGUCAUGACAGCCAUCCAAGAGCUGAUGAGUAAAGAGACUCCAGUGACGGGAGGAAAUGACUCGUAUGUGGAUCUAGACAGACAGCUGAAAAAAACUGCGGAGGAGUUGAACGAUGCUUUGGCUACCAAGGAAGAGAUCGCCCAACGGUGUCGUGAGCUUGACAUGCAGGUGGCAGCCCUGCAAGAGGAGAAGAGCAGCUUGCUCGCGGAAAACCAGGUCCUGAUGGAGAGACUCAACCAGUCCGACUCCAUAGAGGAUAUCAACAGCCCAGCUGGACGCAGACACCUCCAGCUGCAGACACAACUCGAGCAACUACAGGAAGAAACUUUCAGGUUGGAGGCAGCAAAGGACGACUACCGGAUCCGCUGCGAGGAGCUUGAAAAGGAACUUAUAGAUGUGAAGACACAGAAUGAAGAGCUUGCAUCACUGGCUGAUGAAGCCCAGUCCCUCAAGGAUGAGAUGGAUGUCCUCAGGCAUUCAUCAGACAAGGUGUCCAAACUGGAGGGGACCGUGGAACACUACAAGAAGAAACUGGAAGACAUGGGACUUCUCAGGAGACAGAAUAAGUUAAUGGAGGAGAAGAACACAGUGUUAAUGCAGACCAACGUCGGUUUGGAAGAAGAGCUGCGAAAGGCAAACGCUACCAAGGGUCAGCUGGAGACGUACAAGAGACAGGUGGUUGAACUUCAGAACAGACUGUCAGAAGAGUCUAAAAAGGCGGACAAGAUGGAGUUUGAAUACAAACGCGUCAAAGAGAAAGUGGACUCCCUACAAAAAGAAAAAGAUCGUAUGCGGACGGAGAGAGACUCACUGAAGGAGACUAUAGAGGAGCUGCACUGUGUCCAGGCUCAAGAGGGACAGCUUACGCCUGGUCUCUUCCCUCUGGUCAGCAACGACAGCUCGGAUUCGCUGGCUGCUGAGAUCACCACCCCAGAGUUUAGAGAACAUUUGAUCCGUCUCCAGCAUGAGAACAAGAUGCUGAAGCUGGCUCAGGAGGGAUCAGACAAUGAGAAGAUUGCUCUGCUGCAGAGUCUGCUGGAGGAUGCCAGCAGAAGAAAGAAUGAACUGGAGACAGAGAACAGGUUAAUCAAUCAGCGCCUGAUGGAGGAACAGAGUCAGGUCGAGGAGCUGCAGAAGACCGUUCAAGAACAGGGCUCCCAGGCCGAUGAUUCCUCCAUUCUGAAGAAGAAAUACGAGGAGCACAUGGAGAAAGUUCGAGAAUUGAACAACGAGUUAUUGAAGAAAAACACCGCCAUCGACGAAAUGGAGCCAAAAUUCAGCGCCAGCACCCAACGAGUGGAUGAACUGGAAGAGGCCUUGAAAAAGAAAGAUGAAGACAUGAAGCAGAUGGAAGAGAGAUAUAAGAAAUACCUGGAAAAAGCCAAGAGCGUGAUCCGGACUCUGGACCCUAAGCAGAACCAGGGUUCAGGUCCAGAGGUCCAGGCCCUGAAGAACCAGCUGCAGGAGAAGGAGAGGAUGUUACACUCACUGGAGAAAGAGAUGGACAAGACGAAGAGCCAGAGAGAUUACGAGGAGAAACUGAUUGUGUCGGCCUGGUACAAUAUGGGCAUGUCUCUGCAGAAGAAGGCGGCUGAAGACCGACUUGCCAACACCGGCUCGGGUCAGUCCUUCCUGGCCCGGCAGAGACAAGCAACCAGCACACGCCGCUCCUACCCCGGCCACGUCCAGCCAGCUACCGCCAGGUAGAGGCAAACAGGGCAGAAAACAUAACUGCGACAAAGCUACCUUACGAAUCCGCAGAACUCACACACAGUAGACGUGCCCUCUUUGAGGCACACUAUUCCCUUUCAUUCUGCCUAUUGAUUAUCCCUUUUCCCCCCCACUUCUUCUUGAUCAGAUCCAUGAGGUAGAGAUGCCAGGCAAGACUACCCCAAAUCUGGCACCACUCUUUUUCCUGACUAAGCAUAUUUUACUCUUGACUCCUAUGAUGCAAGGCUUCUACCUUUUUAUUCAAUCCCCUCAGCAUAUUUAACACGGUCUGACUAAUCACGCCGAAACAACCUCUUCUUCCUCCCUUUCAACCGCUGACCUUCCUCAACCUGCGCUCUGAGGCAAACCUUUGACGGACAGGUAGUCUGGACCCCAGGACCUGGAAGGCUCGCAUCCUCUUGACAAGCGUCCUGUCAUUUUUCCUUUAGAGGAGCCGCUCUACCUGUUCAUGCAGUAUUUAUGCACAUCACUACCUGUGAGAACGUUGGAGGUUCAUCUUGGGUUUUUUUGACGGGGGACAGAUUUUUCUGUCCAUCUGUUUUAACAGCUAACAGCGAUUUGCAGUGUCAUGUGUCAAUGUUUGAUUUGUUUUAUUCGUUUGAAGAUAUUUUCAGAGGGUUUCUCCCUUGCUUUGUCAUUGUGUUGGAGAGCAACAGCGAGAUGUAUAGUGACCACGUGCAGAUGUUAAAAUUGUUUGCUAAUUGGUCUGAAUGAUUUCAUGGUUUUCAUGACUACAUGGUUUGAAAAAAAACAAAACACAGAUGGGCUUGUAACACUGCAGCAAUAAUUGUGGAAGGAAAUUUUUCUCCCGAGGGGAAAAAAAGAAAACUCUGUGUGCUACAUAUUGGUGUGCUUUGUUUUUGUAAAGGAUUUCUUAUGGAGCCACUGUCGAACAAAGCAUGCGAUGCUUUAGUUUACAUGGUUUUAGCUUCACCAGCAUUUACCAGGUUGUCUCAGACAACACUUCGUGUGCCAUCCCGUUUCAUUUAAGUGACUGUUGCAUUCAGUCAACAUUGUCCUUGAUGCUCUCUAGGCUUCCCCCCUAAUACAUAGGAAGAAAUGUGUUGGAAGGAGAAUCUAGUCGUGAGGAACAGUAGUUCCUGAAUUUUAGAUGCCCGCACUGUCCGGUUGAAACUGGAUUUAGUUUGUAGAUCACCCUUAAUAACAAUAAGUCAACAAAAGGAAGGUUUUUAUUCCAUACUCCAAAGCGGACGAACUUUCCAUAUCAUUUUAGAAUCAUUUGAUUUCUAUUGCAAUAGAAAACCUUGUUGCAACUGUUCCUAUCCCUUUCUUUAACCUGCCUGCUCUCAAGGCACAUACUGAACGAUCUCUUGUUAACACAAUAGAAGACCUGUAGAAGCACUGAAAUGAUCUGUUCAUUUUCUGUAUCAGGGCCAGAACUUUCCAGGACCCCGCCCUGUCAUCUGACCUUCAUCUCUCUCUCUCUCUCUCUCUCGUUUAACAGCAAUGUCACUGCAUGACUGGUACACGACUGAUCUGGCCGAGCCGGGUGUGGCCGGGCUAGGCCCGAGGCGCUCGAUGCAUGAACUACCUGCCUUGCCCAACUGUUUGCAUGACUUUGCGUUGGCUCGAGCCUGCAAAUAACCAGCGCACCCAGCAGCAGCAGCAGCAUGAGCACUAACAAACCUCUGCAGUGUCAUGCAUUGUAACCCUCCAGACACGCCUGAGGAGGGAUGUGGUCGGAUAAAGAGAAGCCUAACCCCUCCUUCCCUCAGUUAAUCUCCUCCCACACCCUUUCCCCAGCUCCUUCCUCCUCGUGUUCCCCCUGUUCUUUGUUACACUCUCCAUCUACCUUCCCUCUACUUACACCUCAUGGACACGUGCUGCUUGCGCUUCCACACACUGCAUCAAUAGUCUGUUACUAUUCAACCGACAGUACGUCGCCAUCACCAAGGACGGGCGGGAUAUCGCAGUGUAGUCUGUUGAUCAACCAUUUGAUUUAAUGGGCCUUUUUUCUGCGGUGCCUGUGCGUAACUUGACACUGCUUCAGGAUACCUCAAUGACACGUCUCCACAUAUCUGUUUUUGAUUUACAUGGUUGGUGAACAGUCGGCUUCAGUAAAAGAGAAAGAUUUGAGAGGUGUUGCCUGCCGAUUAGUCUGCAUAACGGAGAAGAGAAGCCAGCUCCCCUUUUAAAAAAAGAGUGUUAUCUUCUGCGGUGGUUCUGACCAGCCUCUCCUCGACGUGUUGCCAGACGGCAUCUUUGAAAGUGCUUCUACCACCAGUGUUAUAGUGAGUACAACAAAACGUGGACUAAAGGAGGGCUCAUGGGGCAUUACUGGUUUGCCCUCUAGGCCUUUGGACAGUUUGCAGUCGGAGCAUAGGAUGAAAAAAUGUGUUUUAAAUUAAUAACAUUGUUUCAGAUCUGCUUUUAUGCACGGAAAAGCCCCCAUUAAGCCCACUCGCAAUUUUUAUGUAGCAUUAUUUUAAUGUCAGUGUAGCGUCUGUUUCUCCAUAAAAUUCAAAUUGAAUACACACACAUAUAUCAUUGCUGCCAUUUGUCUACUAUAUACAAAUUUCACAGAAACAUCAGACUAUUAAAACAUCUGAAACUGUACAUUAGCUUACGCAGGCUAAUGUAGAGAACAUUCAUUUAGUCGGAUCGAAAAGGGCAAAUCGGUUUAAAGAAGUCGGAGAGGGGCAAAUUCUAAAGGAAGAGGUUCACUGCUUAAACACGCAGCAAAAAACAUAUAAAAUAAUAUCAGUAGCGGAGGAACUUACUGUAAAAUAACGGUCUUAUUUAAAUGUUAUUUUCAGAGCUUAAUAUUGACAAGUGGGUGAGAGAGAGAGACUCAGAAUAGACCUGGACCUGAGGAUAUAUGCAUGUUACAGGCAUAAAUGCAUAUGUUUAUUUCAACGAGAGAGAUGGUUGAACACUCCCAAUUUAGCGCCUUUGAUUGGAAUAUGAUAUAAAAAAAAAGACCAGUGUUGUUGUGUUAGUUGAAAAGAGGAAAAAGAAUUGUCUGAGAUGGGCUUGAAUCUCACCCGCAUGAUAAAUUUCUAGAUUUGUGUUGUAUAGAUGAAGUAGGUUUAAUGAGGGCUUUCUCUGUUUUUAACCCAUUUUACUCAUCGUUAUAUCCUGCAAGUGUUGAUUCAUUCAUUCUGUGCAUUUUUAUCUCAAUUGCUUAUUUAUUAUUUUUGUUUGUUACAUUUGUUUUUAUUAGGAGUAUUAUCAUAUCACCACUUCAAACUGUUACGAUGGCAUCAAAAUACUGUCAAAUACUUUGUCUUAUGCAACAAAAAGUGGGAGAAAGGCUUGUUGUAGUGCAGCGUUCGUCUCCGUCUUACGAGAAACGACACGCCGGUGUCGGCUCAGAUCAAGUGAUGAACGACGCAAGGUAAUAUUUACCUCUGGUCGUUUCAGGAAGAGAAGUUUCUUAGGGAAUGACUGUGCUGGGAAACUUGUCAUGUUUGAUAAUGAAUGUGUCCUCGUCAACAAAUCAAGCACAUUUAACAUUUAUUAUUCACUGAAUUAUUGGUGGAUCUACUGUGACCCUAUAAAUGAUCAUGUUGUCAAGUGUUUUAAGUGGCAGCGACAAAGAUCGGGGGGCCCAGUUGUGGGUGGGGGCGGGGGCUUAUUAGCUAAUGUGGAUGCAGAUGUGUAAACGCAUGAAAAUUCUGUUAGCAUUAUGUUUGGACAAGGGCUAAUCAGAUUUCGUAUUGGGGCAUCAAACAAUUUUUUUUCUUCCCAGAAGUGGAUUAUGAAGUUACAUUUUCAGUAUAAGUGAAUUUGUGAAUGAACGAGAUGAUGUUUUUUGGGGGGGUUUUUUGUCUAAUUCUCUGUGUUUUGUGAACCACUUGCCAUUAACAUCUGCAGUAUGAGCUGUACGUUACAUUACACAGAACUCUUGACCGUCCAUCCCCACAAGUCAUUGGUUUGGUGAGGAAAUCUGUACAUAAUGGAACAAAUCUACUGUGUGGUUGACCUGUUGAAAUCUGUAUCGGGGAUGGUGGGGGGAACGUUUUGUUGUUGUUGUUGUUGUUAUUCGAUAUCUCCCUGAAGAGAAAUCAGAUUGUGGCAUCCCCCCUGUUAUCCACCCUCAAAUUAGCCACUGUAUUUUUGUUGCCCUUGUGUCUUGUGUGUAUAUUCUUAAUAUUACCUUGAUGCAAAAAAUGAGAUCAGUCGUAUAACCUGAUGAACUAAUAUCAACUAGUUUGGCUCAUUUUUUUUAUGAAUGCCAAUUUCUUCUCCGCAGAGGAGAAGGACACAAUGAUACUUUAAUGUUCUCCUCAAAAUAUAAUAUAAAAUCCAUCCUUAUUCAGAUUUGAGAACAAAAAAAAAGAGAGAAGAUUGCCGUAUUACUUAACAUGCCUAAGCUAGAAACGAGUACCCAGUAUUUCCGAGUGUUACUUGGCUGCUAACUGCGCCGCGGGCCAGUCAACAAGUGAAUGAUGGAGGUGAAAAGUGAGGCUGUCAACAGGUCAGAAUCUUACCACAAUGAUUGCAGUGUUUGCUGUAUUUGUUUUUUUUUUUUACUCAUUGGAAAACCUCUCUUUACAUACUGAAGUAGCAAAUGUACCUUCCACUUGCCAAGUUUUAUAUUGCUCUUAUACAAACAUACUAUGUACAUACUUAAUGUGACGGUGGCCGACAAAGUGUCUGGCCAUUCGAGGAUGGAUGGGAAAAUAACUUGCGUCUAAGGUAGAUGGAUUUCAUAUUGCAUCUGUCCGACGAGGACCUAUUGAUGUGCUUCCUACACUGCAAAACUUGGAAAUGACAUUGUAAAUAAAGCUUGUAUAAAACAGGCUGCUCGUGUGUUUUCCGUAUAACAUCAUGACCGAUAUGAAAGACAUAAAUUUUUCUCAUGA